AUGAAACGUUUUGUGUUUUCUCUAGCAUGGGCUUUUGCUCUUGUACUACUAGCUUCUUCUUUGGCUUCAGCUCGUGUUGUGGAACACACUUGGCUCGUGAAGGACAUUCCUGUGCAACGCUUGUGUCGUGAACAAGUGAUCACUGCGGUGAAUGGAGGCUUGCCAGGACCAACAAUUGACGUUCGAGAGGGUGACACUGUUGUCAUUCACGUAUUCAAUAAGUCACCCUACAAUCUUACUAUUCAUUGGCAUGGAAUAUUUCAGUUUCUAAGUCAAUGGUCAGAUGGCCCUGAAUCUGUAACUCAAUGCCCAAUAGCUUCUGGAAGCAGUUAUACUUAUAAAUUUAAAAUAACUGGACAAGAGGGAACACUUUGGUGGCAUGCACACUCAUCUUUUCUACGUGCUACUGUCUAUGGAGCCCUUAUCAUUCGGCCACGACUAGGACACUCAUACCCAUUUCCUAAAGUUUAUGGAGAAGUCCCCAUAGUGCUUGGAGAGUGGUGGAAUGUUAGUGUUGUAGAAGUUGAGAGAAAUGCAACAGAAACCGGAGGCGCGCCAAUGGAUUCAGUUGCUUUCACAAUCAAUGGCUUACCUGGCGAUCUCUACAAUUGCUCUCAAAAUCAGACUUACCAGCUCAAAGUGAAGCAAGGAAAAACCUACUUGCUACGCAUAAUCAAUGCUGCACUCAAUGAGCAACACUUCUUCAAGAUAGCGAACCACACAUUCACAGUCGUUGCCAUAGAUGCUGCCUAUACACGACACUAUGACACUGACGUUGUCGUUCUCGCCCCAGGCCAAACCGUCGAUGUCCUCUUCAACACUAACCAGAAAUGUGACUCUUAUUACAUGGCCUUCACCCCAUACCGUUCCUCGAUUAAUGUACAAGUCAAUAACUCAACCACCAGAGGAGUGGUGGUUUACGACGGUGCAUCCUCAUCAUCACCACCCAUAAUGCCUGAUCUACCAGAUCAAACUGACACUCCAACAGCACACAAGUUCUACACUAAUAUAACAGGGUUGGCAGGUGGACCCCACUGGGUUCCUGUUCCUCGUGACGUGGAUGAAAACAUGUUCAUCUCUUUUGGGAUUAACCUUGACCAAUGUAACCUUCCAGGCCCAAACAACACAUGUGCUGGCCCACAAGGUAAGAGACUUUCUGCCAACAUGAACAAUGAGUCCUUUGUGUUACCAAGUGGAAGAGGGUUUUCUAUGUUGGAAGCAUUUUACCACAAUGUUAGUGGGGUUUACACCAAAGACUUUCCAAACCAGCCUCCAUAUGUGUUUAACUAUACUGACCCAUCUUUGGCUACCAAUAAUUUAAUCGCUUUCGCACCUAAAUCAACGAAGGUGAAGACAUUGAAGUUCAAUUCAACUAUACAGAUUGUGCUUCAGAAUAAUGCUAUCCUUGCUGCGGAGAAUCAUCCAAUUCACAUUCAUGGCUUCAAUUUCCAUGUUUUGGCUCAAGGGUUUGGGAAUUACAACUCCACCAUUGAUGAACCAAAGUUCAAUUUUGUUAACCCUCAAAUACGUAACACAAUUGCUGUGCCAGUGGCAGGAUGGUCCGUUAUCAGAUUCCAAGCAAAUAAUCCAGGUGUGUGGCUUGUGCAUUGUCAUUUGGAAACUCAUUUGCCAUGGGGGUUAGCCAUGGCUUUCGAGGUGGAGAAUGGGCCUACUUCUUCAUCCACACUGCCUCCACCACCGGCUGAUCUUCCUAAGUGCUAA